AUGGCUGACCAAUCCCAGCAAUUGCUUGGAGUGCUAGAUGCUUUACUGGAGCAGACAUCUAAUGGCAAGGAUCAGGACUCCAAAUCACUGAAUGCACUUCUUGGAACUGUUCUUCCGUCAUAUUGCGGGCGUAGCCUUGAUCCUGAAGAAGUGAAGGUGGUGCUUAAGAUUUUUCAAGCAUUCAGGCUUUUACUUACUAGAAACCCAUCUUUAAUGAUAGAAAAUGAGACAUAUAAGAAGUUACUCUCAGAGAUCAAGGUCUUUUAUGAUUCAAUGAAAUAUCCAAAAGAGAUCUCACGGGCUGCUAGUGCAACUUUAGUCCAGGCAAUUGCUACUUCUUUCCCUGGUGGGAAACUCCGAAACAACAAAUAUUUGAUCGCUAUUCGGGAUGAUCUUCUAGAAACUCUUGAACGGAAUCUUUCCACUUUACUUCGGAGCGUAGUUAACUCGAAUAACAGCUCCGAUACAUCGAGGGAUGGAAGUAAAGGUGAAGUGUUGUCAUUAGCUGAUUUAGCCAAGGCCAACGACAGAAAGCUAUCUAUUCUCAGUGUAUCUGUAUGGAUACUUCAGGUGCUUCUGGAUCAAUCAUUGGAAAACGUGUUUCUUCUACAUUUGAAAUAUUCAAUGCUAUUGGAUAAUCUAGUACGGCGACUUUGGUUUUGCAUGGACAAUAUUGUUAUCAAUUUGAAUCUCAACACAGACGAAAACCAGAAAUCAGAGUCACUUGUGGAAAUUGAUCCGUCGCAAACAACCAUCCCAUUAGUGAGUUCUAAAGUUGAUCAUCUAUAUUCCAUUCUUCUUGCUUCAACAAUAAGCCAUGCCUAUAACAAUGAGGAUGCCUCUUUGGCUCCAUUAACCCUUGCAAUAGCUCAGUGCAAGCAACUUCUUGGAUGGCCAUUAUUAAAGAAGUUUCAAUCAUUACAAGUGACACUUGCUUCAUCUAUUUUGAAACUUUUGGUUAGGUGUGUUCGUACUGGCUGCAGCUCGUAUUUUGUAAACAAAAUGAGAAAUCAACUCACCAGUUUUUCCUUAAGAUACUUGGAAACAAAGGAGAUUCACUCAGAUCUUCAAACUGCAACAUGUCUUCUUGUUGUGUUAUGCUGCAGAGUAUCGGGCUCUGUAGACACAGACUCGGGACAUUUUGAAAGACUUCUUCAAAGAGCAGUUAAACCAUUCGUGAUUGCCAGACUUGAAAGUUUGAGGGAGUUUUCCCUACGCUCUCUUCAUAUCGGAACCGAUGAACUUAUGAUAGAUUACGCUCUCAAGUUAACUGAUGGCACUAGUUUCAUUUUUUUACUCGGAAAGUAUUCACAUCUCAAUUUGUUAAAAGACGUGAAAGCCUCUGGGGAUACGGUUACCAAGCAAAACACAAGGAUCAGCUUGGCAAGAUGGAUUCAUUUGCUAAAUGUAAAGCUUACGAAAGACCCCAAGGUCAUCUUAUCAUCGAAUAUUGGAAAGUUGUAUCUUGCCAAUGCUCUUGGAACAUUUAUCUGCAUAUUGCACGGCGAUUAUGACUUUUCGCAUAACUGCUGCAGUAAUUGUGAUUCUUACAUGCACCAGGAGUUCUACAUAGAUGGUCGAAUACAGAAAGAUAGACAGGCUAUUGCUCUUGAACCGUCGGCUUCUUUGGUAUAUGGAAUACUAUUAAAAUUCUUUAUCGAUGGUACAAAUGCUGUUGAUCCAAUCAUUUCAGUCACGGUUUUAAACUCUCUUAUUAAGCUCUUUGGGACGUUUGCCGCUCCCGUAUUGUCUAAAGAAGCAUCUCUUUGGGCGUAUAUCCAAAAGUGCUUUGUAAGUGGGGUCCGUGAAAUAAGGCUUCUAUCUGUUAAGCUAUUGCCUGUUCUGUUAUAUGACGCACCGGAAGAUGUAUAUAACGAAAACUUUGAUGCUAUAAUGGGACUGCUCAACUCUUUCAAGCCAACAAGGCAAAACCAAUAUUUAUUUGAAGGUAUUAUUAUGGCGUGGGGUGAAUUGCUUAUUAUAUCUAGAUUGGAUUCCCGUUUUUAUGUGCUUCUCAAUCCAUUGAUUCAGUUUAUGGGUGACACCGAUGAGUUUAGAUCAAAUUUGGCCUUACAUGAGGUGAGAAUAGUCGCAUCAACUAAGAGGAUGACUCCAUGGAAGUUAGUUGAGCCGUUUAUUCCAUUAAUUAGCUGCGAUCUUAUCAAAAAAAGAACAACAAAUCCGGGGUUAUUAUCAACAUUUUGUCAAUGUAUUAGAAUGGAUACAGUUGCAUUCUUGUCUAGGACUCAGGAGUUUACAGUCCCUAGAUUUAUUCAGUACUUUGAUGAUGAUCAUAUUGGAUUUUUGGCUCGUAGUUUGAGAAAAACGAGAACUCAGUUGGUGCUUUCUAAUAUUGACAAAGUUCUUGCAAUACUUCUUAUAUCGGAGCCAGAAGUUUCCCCGAAAAAAAUCAUGAACAUACUUGGAAUAUACGUCCAGAAAUACAAGGGUCUGGACUUACGAUCUACGAUAUGCAACGUGAACAUAUUAAACCUUAUAUGGGAACUUCUUUGCCUAUACAACUGUACAGAUGAUGUUCUGAAACGACUAAAAUCUGCAAUACUUUAUAUCUGCAUUGAGCGUCAUGGUGAGCCAACAGCAGAUAUAUCAAAGGAACAAGAAGCCCAAUUUUUUGAUUCAGAGAUGAGUUUCAUGGUUUUAGGAAUUGCGCAGCACUUUUCGGAUAUUAUUCAUAACAACAGAGGAAGCAAGCCUUUUCUCGAAAAAGUCCAAGCCAUAAGAGCUGUGAGAUGCCUUGCAGAAAUAUCACAAAGCUUUGAGACAUGUCUUUCCCAAAUUAUGACAUGUCUCCAAAUAGCAUUAGAAUCUCCAGAGUUGCAGUAUGAAUGCUUAGAGUGCUUGAGCGUUUUAAUCUCCCACCUAGGUUAUUCCGAACUUUCAAUAAUACUGGACCUUAUAAUAUCGUAUCUGAUUCAGAAGUAUCCAUCUUUCAAUAAGCAGUGUCGUGAGAUUUCUAAGAAAAUACUGAGCGACAUUUUUGGUAAGGAUCCUUUAUUUAAUAAGGAGCACCCUUCGUAUGUCUACUCUUUGGCAUCUGCCCAUGCUGACUUGAGUGACAUAAUCAACAAGGACAGCCAUAUAGCGAAGAAUUUAAACGUUGGAGGAAUUUUAAAAGAGUUUACCAUUAGGUUGCAGUCCGAAAACAAAUGGGUUCUUCUUCAGGUUUUGGAAGACCUAAUGAAAUUUUUGAAGGUGAGGCAGAUGGAUUUACAGAAAUCCGAUAUCACUGAUAGCAGAUUUUCAGGGCGGUUUUCCUUGUUAAUAGCCAAUAUCUUAAGGGCUUCAAAUAGAUUUUCUGGAAAGAGUAUGGAAAUAGCAAAACAAUGCUCUUCUGUGUUGGGAAUCAUCGGUGCAUUAGACUUUUCAAAGUUUGGCUCAUUCUUUCAAAAAAGGAGGAAGAAUCCUAUAUUGGCUACAAAUCUCACAAAGAGGAAAGAGGUAUUUGUGUUUUCUGCUUACUUAUUCAACAACUACUUAGUGAAGUGCUUUGUUGCUUCUACAGAUCCCCAGAAGCAACUUUUUCUUGCCUAUGCAAUGCAACAAAUCCUCAAAUAUUUGAAGAUUGAUUAUGAAAAGAUAAAUGAAGCGGCUUCGACGGAACAAAUCUUUUGGUUAUGGUUAAACAACUUAUCACAGACCGUUUUGAGACCUUUGUUGAAUUCAAAGUAUCAAAAAAGUGCAGGAAAAUGGAAAGAGCUAGAUUAUCCAACCUAUAAUAAAAAGAAGCAACACUCCAAGUGGCUGAUCGAUUUAACUGAGGAUUUGUUACACGAGGCUUCUCAUAAUAGAAAAAUGCCGGAAGCUGCCCGCAAAAUAUUUGGAAUUUGCAUAGAUGUUGUCAGAGGCCAGGAUUUAAGUAUUUCCGAAUUUCUUCUUCCAUAUGUUUCAUUACUGUUGGUGGUUUAUGGAGAUAAUAAGGUGUAUGCAAACAUAGAAACGGAAAUCGAUGCUGUUUUAAAUGUCGAUCCUGAUGAGAUGGUCAGCGAUUCAAGUGUUGAAAGUCUAAAAUCGUGUUACAGAACUGUCUUUUCCGUUAUUGAUUACUUUAGAGAAUGGGUUGCAGAGCAAAAGAAGAAGAAAAGACACUCACAGACUGGAAGGAUGUACGAGGAAAGCAAGAAAGUUGAGCAAUUUUUAGCUAACAUUCCACCAGAACUUCUUGCAAAGCGUACUGCUCAGUGUAAUUCAUAUGAGCGUGCAAUCUUUAAUCUUGAACAAAGUUAUCAGAUGGAUAAAUUAAGCAAAAAGGAUUUCUUUGGAACCAUCAGACAUAUGUACUCAGCCAUUGAUGAUUUGGAUGCACUUCAAGGUGUUUUGAAGAAAUUUUCAACAGAUACACUUGAUGAUAAAUUGCUUCAAUUUCAAUACAGUGAAGAUUGGAAAAUUACACACGAAUCGCUUGCGGCAAUUGCCGACUCAGAUUAUGACAAAAGUGCAAUCAAUCAUUCUGCACGUAUUACAUCUCUUCUAAAAGCCCUUGAUGAUCAUUGUGAGUAUGGUAAGGUUUUGCUUGAAUUGAGGAAAUAUGAGGAUUUGAUGAUGAACAGUGAUACUAUCGACUCAAAAGAAUUGUUUUUAUGCGGACUCCAGUCUUCAAUAUUUACGGGAAAGCUUGAUGAACUGUCGAAAUGGGUUGGAUACUCAGAAAAGACUACAUCAAUAUUGUCUGCGGGUUCAGAUUUAUCUAUAUCUUAUGAAUUUGCCCAGGCGCUUCUUAGUCUACACGCAAAUAACAUUCCCGACUGUCAGAGUCAUAUUUCUAAGGCAUCAUCGAAUCUAGGUAUUGCACUUUCUGUUUCUAAAGGUAUUUCACAUACAAAGAUAUCGAACUACAUGGUUCUCCUUCACUGCCUCUAUGACUUUAGCAUUAUUGCAUCAAUUAAACCAGGACAGGCUCUUGAAUCAAGUAAAAAACUUUUAGAGUACAGAGAGAGGAAUGCGGUCAAAGAUUUCAGAACACAGUGGAAAAUACAUUCGAUAAAAAGAACCAUAGAGAUGCUUCAUCCAGUUCCAGAAGUUCAAAAACAGUUGGGUGACACUUUGGUGAAGAGUUCACAGAUUCUUCGUGAGGCAGGUAGACUAGAUCUUGCAACCAAGAGUAUUACGCAUGCACUCACAAUGGGAAUGAACAAUCCUACAGUUAACUUUGAAUUUGCACAAUUACUGUGGGCCCAAGGAGAACAUAGGCAGGCUUUACAGAUACUAAACACAGUUUUAGAUCAGAACAAGAAUCCAAAAAUGCAAUUAAAAUAUACACACUGGCUGGAGAGCUCUGGAAAUGGAAGCUCAGAUGAGAUAGUAAAUGGCUAUAAAUCUGCGGCUGCAGCAAAAAGUUUGGAAGAAUGUGGUAGAGCGCAUUAUUACCUUGGAAGAUAUUACAACAAACUUCUUGAUGCCCAGGCUAUCGAGACACCAGGGCUUAAAAAGUUAGAAAAGGACUUCUAUGGUGAUUUGGAAUACAAGGUGAUCAAGGCAUAUAUGCGUUCUGCAUCCUUUUCGGAUGAGUACUUAUUUGAAGUUCUACCCAAGGCUGUUACAAUUUGGUUGGACUAUAUGUCAAAGUACAGAGACACCAAGCUUUUGAGAUCCUAUUCAACCGAGAUAAUUAUGGCCAAACGGAAAGACAACUACAGUAGUAUAUUGAAGUUUAUUAAUGCCUGUGUGAAGGGAGAAAUUGAUACUUACAAAUGGUAUACCGUUUUGUCGCAGCUUAUUUCGCGUAUGGUUCAUGGCGACCACAAGACAGAGAACUUGAUCCUAAAUAUCAUUCUGGAACUUGCCAAGAAGUAUCCGGAAGUCAUACUGUACUCUGUGUAUUCACAAGUCCAAUCCAACUCACCUGAGCGGACCAGAAGAGGAAAGCAGCUUUUUAAUGCACUUGAGAACGGUGGAAAUAAAGAGUUAUCGGUUCAUGUACAUGAGGCUUAUGAGCUUUUGGAAGGAUUCAAAGGUUUAUGCCAGGCAAAACCAUCCAGAGCUCUUCGUGGAAAGUUGAACCUUUGGGAUGAUUUACAUUUUUCAUUCAAAAGAGACACUGAAUGUCAUUCCCUUGCACUUCCAAUCAGGCGUAAUUUCGACCAGCUACACUCCCCUGUGACAUCCGUCGAGCAAGGCUCGGUUGUGCAUCACAGACAAAUGAAGUUUGUGACAUUCUUUAAGUUUGAAAAAAAUGUAACCAUUGUUGACUCGAUGCAGAAGCCAAGGCGGAUUUAUGUUAUUGGAACAGACUUGAAAAUGUACAGCAUAUUGUGCAAGCCAAACGAUGAUUUGCGGAAGGAUGGAAAGCUAAUGGAGUUUGCUACAGUUAUGGACAGGCUUUUGCAGAAUGACUUUGAAUCAGAAAAACGCAACUUGUCUAUUACAUCGUAUGCGGUUGUGCCGCUCAAUGAGAGCAUGGGACUGAUUGAGAUGGUUGAUAAUGUGAGGACGAUUCGAGACAUCAUGCUCGCCUAUCUUCAGUUACAAGGGCGCAGGUUCGACUUCGGGAAAGUGAAAAGUUUACUUGGAGACCCAUUCAUGGCCUUGGAGGAUAAGCUGCGCAAUUUCAAGAAGCUCAAGGAGAUGUAUCAACCUGUCUUACAGAUCUGGUUUGCCGACCGAUUCCCAAAUCCGGUCAACUGGUAUGAGGCUCGUAACAGAUACACUAGAUCGUGUGCCGUUAUGUCAAUUGUGGGCUACUUGUUAGGUAUGGGUGACCGUCACGGGGAUAACAUACUAUUGAACGAACUUACGGGACAAAUUUUACAUGUUGAUUUUGACUGUCUUUUUGAUAAAGGCAAGAAGCUUCGUGUUCCGGAACGAGUUCCGUUUAGACUGACGCAGAAUAUGACUGCUGCCAUGGGUGUAAACGGGUAUGAAGGUACAUUUAGGAGGACCUGUGAAGUCACAAUGAGACUUAUAAGACAGAAUGAAAACACACUCAUGAAUAUAUUGGAGACGUUUCUCUAUGACCCGAUUCUAGACUGGAAGAAGUCCUCGAAGAAGCGUAAACCAGGCGAGCAUAAUGCAGGUGCAGGUAAUGCCAAAUUGCAGCCCCAGGUUGCGAUGAAUACCAUUCGUAGAAAGAUUAAAGGUAUUCUUGAUCCGAGGGAUUUGGAUACCGGUGCAAAGGAUAGUGGAGGACUCUCUGUUUCAGUUAAUGCCCAGGUAGAGGCAGUGAUACAGCAGGCAACGUCAGAGGAAAAUCUUGCACAAAUGUAUGUCGGAUGGAUGCCGUUCUUAUAG